UUAUGGGAGUUGAAGUCCAAUAACAUCUGGGGACCCAACGUUGAGAAUCCCUGCUCUAGACAAAGGCUGUCGGAGUGGAUAGUUCAAGCUGUCUUGUUCUGCUACAACAAGGCAUUGUUCUGCCCUCUGUAAUCUGGGCUCAUUGCACCAGAGCAGUAGCAACCUUGGCCACUCACCUGUCUGGAGUUAGUUUCACCAACAUCUGCAAAGCCUCCACCUGAUUGUUGGAUCAACCUUUCAUUCAACAUUGCACCCCUGACAUCCGCUCUGCGGCUGAAGCUGGGUUUGGGCGCUCUAUCCUUUUAAAUGUUACUUACUUAAAUCCCAUCUCCAGCUGUUUGGGAGCUAGUCACUCGACCACUGUUGGGAAUGAUGCCUAGCCACCACAAGGAGAACCAGGUUACUCACCUGUAACUUUUGAUCCUUUGGUGGCUCAACACCAUUCACAACACCAACCCAGCCUCCCGGCUUAUCAGAUGCUCAGGCUUUCCUUUCUCACUGGCCUGAAGAAGCUUUCAUCCAACGUUGUCCGUCCAGCAACUGAGAGGAAUGGUGCUCUCCCACCAAAAGAGACCGGAGCUUAGAGCACCUUGAGGAGCCCAUCAAAUCCUUCCGUGGUGGCCACUGCACAGGUGCAGAGCCCAACGUUGUGAAUGAUGCCAAACCAUCAAAGGUUACAGGUGAGCAAUCUGUUUGUUGUCUUUUGGCCUGUAUCCUCUGCCCUUGAACAGCUUCAAACCUUCCUGCUUGCUGAAGCUCACUCUCCUCCUUUCCUGGAUGGCUAUGAAGCAAACAUACCUCUCCCUUGCCCUCUGUAGAAGGGAUUCAUGGAAGUGGGAAUGAAUGUUGUCCUUUUGGGGUAACCUGGCCAGCUGGGAGUCCCUGACCCUGAACUCUGCCCCAUCAUUGUAUACUAAACGCAGCUCAGGUCAAGAGAAUCCGCUUCUCCCAUCAGUGUUUUGCUGAGACCUUUCUCAACAUCCAACCUUCACAAGCCAGAAGGUUUGAACCUCCUGGAAUCUGCCUCCGUGUGGCUUGGUUCUAGUGCCAGGAAAUAUCUGGCUGACACCUGAUGAGACAUGAUGACUUUUUUUGGAUUGCAGGAGUUUUUUGUUUUGCUAUUGAAUAUGUUAGCAAGCUUCUACAUUACUUCAGUCGCUGUCUCACUGUCCUUCCUACAAACAGCUUCCCCUCCAACUGGCAUGCCUCUUUCUUCUGCAAAAAUGUGACCCUGCCUCUCUGUCCCCUUGUGAUCUUCCUCUUCCUACUCCCUGCAGGAGAGAGAAUUCCUGCUGUGGGGCCUGGUGCUUUAGCUGCAAUGGAAGGCGAGGAGCCAUCAGAUAUCAUCCAGUUCCCGGUGCUCUUCUACAACGUUCCGGUGGAGAUGCAAUGCCCUUCCUGCAACCAAACCAUUGUGACCAGUGUGUCGUUCAAUGCAGGCCUCCUGACCUGGCUGUGCUGUGCAGGCCUCUUCCUGUUUGGGUGCUGGAUCGGCUGCUGCCUCAUUCCCUUCUGUGCGGAUUCCUUGAUGGAUACGGCCCACCACUGCCCCAACUGCAACGCUCUUCUCGGCACCUACAGGCGGCGCCUCUGAGGGGGUGUGGUCCAAGAAGGGGGUCCCGCAUCUUCGGGAGCCCUUCUGAAGAUGGUUGUCCAGGAAAACUUGUACCACUCAUUGGCUUUUCCGUCUUCGUGUUUAUGCUCGUUCCGUCUUGCAAAGACGACCCUGAGCCACUCUGACUUGCUUUGUAGGCUAGUGAGGGGAAGAACCAGUACAGAGCCAAAACCCUCCACCCUAUUGGUACCAGUCUCCAGUAUGGUCUCUGCGCUGAAAUCCACAUGCAACGUCUGGCUUUCAGAUCACUUCAAAGGAGUAUGUUGUCCCAGCUGUAUUGCAGCAAUGAAACACCCCAGAGCGUCUAGAGCAAGUAGUCUAAUCUUGAGACCACAAUGAAAAUAAUAGUUUAUGUUGGAGCUUUGGGUGCCACACAGAAUUGCAAUGUUUGAGCCAAAGUGUGUGUGAGGUUGCUUCUUGCUGCUUAAAUUCCACCGAAAGGCUGGGAUCUUUCCACUGUCUCAUCCAGUCUGGCUGUUCAGAAGUCAGGUUCUGAUGUGGCAUUCCUCAUCCAUAGGGUGAGAGCACUUCCUGCAGAUGCCCCCCGGGGGAACUUGACCACCUAGACAUGGCAGUCUUGGUCAGGUGCUUGAGCAAAUGUCCAUCCUGAACUAAAAGCAGGGUUUGUGGGAAGGGGGAAGAAGGUGGCUGAAGGCUGCCUGCACGGGCUGGACAUUUUCAUUUUGUAGUUUUCAUUUUGAACCUGACACGCCUUCUUAAGAUGACAGCGAUGCUCGUGUGGAUCUUGGCAAAAUCUCUCUAGAAAGGGUGAUUUGCUCCAGAAUGGCCUGUAGAGAAAGAUGAACAGUUGGAUUUUUUUUUUUUUAAAAAAAUGUUCAGGAAAUGCAAGCCAAAACGUUGUAAUAACCUGACAGCUGCGUGUUUCUUCGUUUUAAAAUUUCUUGAAUAAAUGUAUGCAUCUUGUUAGGA